AUGCUCUACACGGUCGAGCCAAGACAAACGGUCCAUCUGGGCCUGAUGAUCACUUGCCGAAUUGCACACGAAGAGCUUAAGCACAUUGUCUUCCGAAAACUCCAAUUCAAGACACAUCACUCAUAUGAUGAAGACCUUUCAUAUAUGGGCGUACGCUCACGUGCAGGUCGUUUCAAGUGUAUGUUGAGACUCGUUGAACGACAGAAGCGACGAAUGUUAAUCAAGGUGUUUGAGCUGCUACAGCCUGACGACUUACACGAACUGUAUACUCGCUUCCCUACGGUCAAGAGAUGGUUCGAUAUACCGUUGCGGCAAUCAGUGGUUGAACAAGUCGACAAACUGGAAGCGACCGAGGGCUUCUCUGGGGACGAGGAGGAUCAUGAACUCUCUGAAAGCGCAUUCGCACACGCACUGCAGUAUGCUUUGGUAUGCGCAAAGGAUCGCAAUCGCGCAGACUUUGUUAGACUUACCCGUGGUCUAUUUGGCGUGGGACAAUGCCCUAUCGACUGGGCAGCAAACUAUACACAAAGCAACAUCUUCGUAGAAGGUGCGCUGUAUGAUGUGUAUUCAUGGAACCCCGAGCCUUGGUCCCUUCCAGACGAUGCUGAAUUGGCUAAGCUGGAGGCUCUUCUCUGCGUCCCGGGCGACACGGACACUCAGCUUCCAAUCAACGACGAAGGCACCUUCUACUUUCCGGAUCUGAAUACGCACAUAAAAGCAGCUAAGGAGCGAUGGUUCUUUUCUGCCGCAUCUAUUGCGAUAGAUUUCUGUGAGUCGCAAAUGACGCGGCUUGAACGCAUACUGCGAACGCUCGCUGACUUUUACAGUGAGACGAAUGUCACCAGAGAGAAGGCACAACAUGCGCACGAUAGUGCUCAACGAAGACUUCAAAGCAGUGUCUCGAUCUGA